AUGAACAUCGCUGUCGCUAGUACCGCUGUUGCGGGCAUGUCUGCGCUUGGAGCCUAUCUCAAUGCUAAGUAUCAUAUAGGUCAAGACCUUAGGGCAAGAAAGAGGAAACAGGAGGCUAUGAAUUGGUACCAAAACCUUACCAAACAAAAUCGCCUUUCUCUCUGGUAUGCUUUCGCCAACCAGGCGGACAAGUACCCCGACCAUCUCUGUAUCUGGUCACGAGAACAAAUGUACUCGUGGAAAGAGACGCAUGAUCGCGCGGUGCAGUGGGCUCAGUUCUUCCUGUCCAAUGGUGUACAGCCCGGAGAUAUGGUCGCCACCUAUCUAAUGAAUUCGGCGGAUUUCCUCGUAAUAUGGUUGGCGCUUUGGUGCAUUGGAUGCGCACCUGCGAUGCUAAAUUACCACCUCAAAGGGGCAUCUCUUAUCCAUUGUUUGAAGAUUAGUGGCGUGAAAGUGGUGCUCGUGGAUCCGGACAAAGAGUGCCAGAAGAGGAUUGAGGGAAGCAGACAGGAGAUUGAGGAAGAGCUGGCUAUUACUGCAUUUUGUAUUAAUGAUGAAUUGAAGAAGAAGGUUGAGACCAGCUCAGUCGUUGUUCCCAACGAUUCUUAUCGGGAUUCUGUUACUGGUCCUUCCCCUACCUGUCUGCUCUACACAAGUGGAACUACAGGACUCCCCAAAGCCGGAAUGUAUACGGUCGCCCGUUUUCACGAACGUGGAAACCCAAACAAUCUCAGUUAUUACCAGAAGCCUGGGCCUGGUGGCGAUCGAUGGUACUGCAGCAUGCCUCUUUUCCACGGUACCGGUGGUUUAUCUUGCGUCGGCGCUCUAACCUCGGGCAUGAGCGUCGCAGUUGGCAGAAAGUUCUCCGUCUCGAAUUUCUGGAACGACAUUCACGAUUCCGAAGCAACGUUCUUUGUGUACGUCGGUGAAGCAGCUCGCUACCUGCUCAUGGCUCCUCCACAUCCCUUAGAUCGGAAACAUCCCCGACUCAGAGCUAUGUACGGGAAUGGAAUGAGACCGGACGUAUGGGCUAAGUUCAAAGACCGGUUCGAUGUUCCCGAGGUUAUCGAGUUCUUUAACUCUACUGAAGGCGUCUUUGGAUUGGUAGUUCACAGUACUGGCCCUUUUACAGCCAAUGCUGUCGGGCAUCAUGGGGCACUACUCCGACGAACAUUUCACGAUGUAUAUGUCCCUGUUGCCAUUGACCCGGAGAGCGGUGCCGUCUUGCGAGAUCCCAAUACUGGGUUAGCCAAACGGAACAGCUACAAUGAAGGAGGGGAAAUACUAGUCGGCAUCCCAAAUGAGUCCAUAUUUGCAGGGUAUUACAACAACCCCGAGGCUACCGCGAAGAAGUUUGAAAGAGAUGUAUUCAAGAAAGGUGAUCUUUUCUUCCGAACUGGCGAUGCCUUACGCAGAGAUGACGAUGGACGCUGGUUCUUCCUCGACAGACUUGGCGAUACUUUCCGGUGGAAAUCCGAGAACGUCUCCACCGCCGAGGUAUCCCAGAUCCUAGGUCGAUUUCCCGGCAUAGCUGAAGCCAAUGUGUAUGGGGUUCUCGUACCGAAUCAUGAUGGAAGAGCCGGGUGUGUGGCCUUGAGACUGGAAGAAGACCUUUCACAUUUCGAUUUCAAUGCUUUCCUAAUAUAUGCCCGCGACCGGCUGCCGAAGUAUGCGGUGCCAGUCUUCAUCAGACUGGUAGCGCAGAGUAGCAAAACCGAUAACAAUAAGCAAAAUAAAGCACCGUUGCGGGAAGAAGGAAUAGAGAUUGAAAGGUUUGGGGAACAAGUUUCAGGUGGCCACGAGGAUACAGUUCUCUGGAUUCACCCGGGUAAUGAUCAGUACGAGAAAUUUGAUAGAGUGUCUCUAGAAUCUUUAAAGACAGGACGCGUGCUUCUGUAA